AUGGGUUGUGCUUCAUCAUCGAUUCAUUUAUUCGAAGCCACUGCUGUCUAUCGUGACGCAAGUGUGCUUCGCGACUCUUUGUUGUCACACGCUGCGGUUGUGACAUCAUGACGCGGAACACUAGCAAGGAGCAGGUGGCCCCCGACCAGGCCGCGACAACAACUGAGAGUGGUACAAGAAAGGGACACAACUCGAAGACUUUCGACUCUCCAUUCAAGAUUGAUGCUGGUAUGGAUGCCAAACGCGAUGAUCUUGUGUGGCAUUUUGUUGCACGUUGCCGAUACUUGUACCCCGAGACGGCGGUGGGGAGGAAGAGUGGUCGACGAUGUGUCUGCAGAUUGUGCGGGAAAUCCAUUUGUGGGGGCAGUAGAGAAGCGAAGGAACAUUUCUUCAAAAGCAAGGAGUUCAGAUGCCCGGCGGGGACCCCUGCUGUGUAUUAUACCGUAUGGGCGAAGAACAUGGACAAGUGUCCGAAGGACUUUGUUGUCUCAAUUGAGGAGUUGAAGACGCUCCCUCCUGGCGCUCCGGCAUUCCAGUGGUCGACACUUUUCCCAGAGGACUCGGAGCCUCGCCGGUCGCUUGCUAGUGAGGCAGGGCCGUCUCGCGGUGCAGUUAGUGCACCGGUUCUGGCAUCUGUGACGGGAGGACCGUCGGCCGGUGCAGUCCCACCGCCGGUACUUGGAGGGACCGCGGUGCCGUCGACAGAGGCAACGAGACCGCCACCUGCGUCGCUCGAGGGCCACCAUGUCUCUCCGUCGGUUGGAUUGCAUCCUAUGUUCACGACUACCGCGUGGCUAUGGACGCCGAGCAGCAUGGGGGAGUGGACGUUGUCGACGGCGGAGGCAGCAGGGAUGGACAGGCCAGUCCCCCGCAUGGCUCGAGACCUCACCUCGUACGAUUGCGGCAUGGGCCGAAGAGGACACAGUCGAUUGUCGAUCCCCCCUUGCCCCGAUGGUGGGAGCACCCGGACCGCAGGAGACGAGGAUGUCGGCCUCGCGUGCCCCGACGGUAGUCUUCCUCGCAUAGGCGACAUGGUGGGCAUGGGCACGCAAGCCGACAGCAUGUUUGGUGCUGACACAAUUAUUCCACCAUCGUUGCCGCUCGUGCCGCCCCCUAGCCUCCAGGGUGGGCCCGCCCGCGAUGCAACAGACAGAGGGUUUGACGAGUUCGGUGGAGAUACGAUAUUGUUUGCCAUGGCCUCUGCAACCCCAUCCGUAUUUCGGGUAGGGAAACCCCACGAGGUCGCUCUAGGCUUGGCCGAGACCACGACACGCCAUGAAGGUCUGCCACAUACGAGGGACGGGCGUAGCUCCGCACAACGUAGCCUCGCUGACUCUUUGGACGGAGCGUCUUCUGACAGCGGCGUGCGAGAGGGUGCGCCAUUGGGUGGACUUGGAGGGGAUCCUUGUGUGGGAGCACCGUCGACGACCAGGGGUGGAGAGGGUCGAUCAGGGGCACCUCCGACCAGCGCGAGCCACGCAGAGCCUGGGAAGGACAUUACACCAGCUUCGUCGGCUACCGGUCGCACUCGUGACAGACCUGCCAUGCGCAUGGAUUCUGCACCACAUGCGGCCGGGAGGGGCGGUAGGGAGGAGCGACAGGGAGGAGCUUAUGCGGGGGGGUCAAGCCCACCUGUGCCAAGGUUGGCAGCAUCGUCUUUUUAUGACCGGGGGAGAGCAGCACCAGUCGAUGGCGGAACCGCGGCAGUGAGGAGUGCAUGCGGCAUGCCAGAUGUGCCCUUUGGAACACAUUCCAUCGGCGCUGUUGGCGGUCGUAACCAUGGUGCGAUGCGUGAGUAUGAGGACCAGCAUGGCAGACAGCUGGCCACGAAGACAUCAGAUGUUGCCUUCACCAGGGUGGUGAAGGCCAGUAUGUCGCGUGCAAAGAGUAAGGGCGGACACGAGAGGUCUUCACAACAUUCGAGUCGUCGUGGCAUGGUGGUGUACCGGAGGAUGGACAGGCAGAUGAUGGAGGCCGUUCACGCAGAUUGUCACGCGUGCAUGGCAGCUCCGGCAGCACAGGGGACGAGCGGCGCAACCACACCGAGGGGGCUGGUCGUGGAGAGAAGAGACGAGGUGCUUUCACCAUUGUACACGAUGACAUUUCUGACAUCCCGACCGGCGAGUCGACGGGGGCCGACGACCCAGGUGACUCCGAUUAUAGACCGGAUGGAUCUCGACCUGCACGCAUGGAGUAUGGAUCUCGACCUGCACGCAUGGCGGAUGGAUCACGACCAGCAYGCAUGGCGGAUGGAUCUGAUCCUGGAGGACGUCGACUCAGACGCAGGGCAGCACUCGAUGCACAGGGACAUUUGACUCCUUCGACUCUGAGACCAUUCAUCCCCCCGCCCCGGGUUGACAGGGGUGAACAAGCUCGUACAGUCCUACUGGCAAUAGAGGCUAG